AAAAAAUAGAAACUUCCAAGAUGGCCGAGUCCGUAGGUUCCAUGCAUUUCUCAGCUAAUGGCAAAACAAAUCCCCYAAACCCCUUGGCACCCAAAAUACCACCAGAGAGUCGACUACAGUCUUCCAAUGACGUCUACCCUCCACCGCCAAAGAAAGUCCGAAUCGAGGAGAAGAGUUUGAAACACAAUAAAUUGAACGGGGACUUAGUGUGUGCAGGGGAAAAACACAACGGGAAGCAGAGUUAUGGAAGCCCAGCGAAAUGGAGUUUCGGCCCGGCCAAGCCGAGCAACUCCACCGCGCCAGCUCUCACACGAAAGAUCUUCAAGAUCAGCAACUUUCUUGCCUCUCCUGCGAAAGUGAAGAAACCGAAUGAGAAACGGCACAAGGAAAAGGAGAAGAGCGCUAAAACGCAGAGUUCACUCAUGGAGAAAGUGAACCCUGGGAGYUGCCAUACAAAGACGGAGAACGGUGAUACAGCGUGUGACCACACUGGCAAAGAUGAGAGAGAGAAGAGAAAGGAGAGUGAUAAAGAGAGGGACAGGGAGAAGAAGAAACACCAAGUUAUGGUUGUGAAUGAGAGGGAGAACAGAGAGGUGAAAUCUCCACUGAAAGAAUCAACAGAGAAGCCAAAAGUCAACUCGGAGGACGAGCUCCUCUUGAAAAAGCUAAAGAAGAAGAAGAAAAAGAAGCACAAAGACUGUGAGAGGGAAAGACGCAGCCGKCCCAAGAUGUACCACCGCUCCAGUCAGACGGUGUGUUCUGGUGUGUCUGUGGACCUGCCGGACCUGCUCAACACACCAGACAGGAGUAACUACAACACCAAUAACAGUUUCUUCCACACCUUCCCAAGUCCCCAUCAGGAUCCUUCCAGCAUCACCACUACUACCUCCGUGUCCACCUCCACUACCUCCAUGGUCAGGGAGAGGUUGGGCUACGGCUCCCCCCUCCACAGUGCCCAGUCCCAGGGCAUGUCAGGGCUGGAGUUUGGCCAUCUGAUCCACGUGGAGCAGCAGGCCAACGGAGGAGCCUCGGUGGCCCACGCCUACUGCCAGCAGCUGGCUUGUCUCUCCCCGGCCGAGAUGCAGCGCUUCGCCCAGGAAUUUGUCACCCUGUCAUUCAGCGAGGACCAAGCUGAAGCGGCCCACUACGUCAUGGGCAUCAUCCAUGGAGCGGCCUCCUACCUACCAGACUUUCUGGACUACUUCUCCUACAAGUUCCCCAACGCGCCGGUCAAGAUGGAGGUGCUGGGGAAGAAGGAUAUAGAGACCACCACCAUGGCCAACUUCAACACUCAGGUGAAGCGUACCUACUCCCAGGGGACGUACCGUGCGGGGGCCAUGCGGCAGGUCAGCCUGGUGGGGGCCGUGGACGAGGAGGUGGGAGACUACUUCCCCGAGUUCAUCAACAUGCUGGAGGAAUCUCCCUUCCUAGAGCGUACCCUGCCCUGGGGCACGUUCUCCAGCCUGCGCCUGCGGAGCCCCACAGAGAGUGACGACGGACCCAUCAUGUGGGUCAGACCAGGGGAACAGAUGAUCCCUGUGGCUGACAUUCCAAAGUCCCCCUUCAAGAGAAAGAGGUCGACCAAUGAGAUCAAGAACCUGCAGUACCUGCCGCGGGCCAGCGAGCCCAGGGAGAUGCUAUUUGAGGACCGGACCAGAGCCCACGCCGACCACAUCGGACAGGGCUUCGAGAGACAGACCACCGCCGCCGUGGGGGUGCUCAAGGCCGUGCGCUGCGGAGAGGGUGAUGCUCCUGCCAGGGUAACCAAAGACGUGGUGUGUUUCCACGCUGGAGAUUUCCCAGAGGUGGUCCAGAGGCUCCAGCUAGACCUGUACGAACCACCCCUCUCACAGUGUGUGCAGUGGAUAGAUGAUGCCAAGCUGAACCAGCUGAGAAGAGAGGGCAUCCGCUACGCCCGUAUCCAGCUCUACCACGAUGACAUCUACUUCAUCCCCAGGGGAGUGGUGCACCAGUUCAAGACUGUGUCUGCUGUCUGCAGCCUGGCCUGGCACAUUCGCCUCAGACAAUACCACCUGGACCAAGAGAGGGAGGAGGAGAGCUGUACUUCUACAAGGGCAAAAAGUCAAGUCAUAGAAGAGGAGGAAGAAACAGAGGAGAGUGAGGAGGAGUGGGGGAAAGAGGAGGACACUCCUACACAGCCACGGACGCAGGUGAAGACUGAGGAAAAGGAAGAGGGAGGGGAACGGACACCCGUACAGGAGCCGCCACUAGUUUGCAAGGAGGAAGACGACACAGRGGAAGAGAAGGGAGGGGAGAGAGGAGGCUGUACACCUACACUGACAUCACCUUUGGUCAAGGAGGAGAGAGUGGAAGGAAACCCACUCACAGAGACACUACUGGAAGUCAAGGAGAGAAAGGAGGUUGAUGAGCAUCACAAGAUAGAAGAGAUGGAGAGAAAAGGAGCAAGAGAUGUCAGCACAUCCACACAGAUGGCACCACAAGUGCAGAUGGAGGGAGAGAGAGAUGGAGAAGAUAUGGAACUCUCAAAUGCAUCACAGCAGGCUGGGAUAAAGAGAGAGGAGGAAGAAAGACACCACAGGACACCUCCACAAGUCCAGAAAGAAAGAGAGAGGGGAAAGGAUGGUAGCACAGCCACACAAACACCACCAGUCAAGAAAGGGAAGGGGAAAGAUUUGGAGAAAGAUGGAAAAGAGAGGGAGAAAGAG